GUCGUAUAGUAAAAGCCAGUUACGCUAUUCAAAAUAAUAACAAAUAAGCUAUAAAGCAUAAACAGUGAAGCCAGCAAUAUUUUAAAUAAUCUACAUAGUGUUAUUGAGUAAUAUAUUACGCUCUGGAAUAAUUUUCAAGGAGAAAAUGGUUUUAAUUGAAAUUAUAAGUCCAGCGGAGUAUAAAAGAAAUAGCUCAGAAUUUGAGAUCACGUAUGGCUAUCAUCAAACACCUUUUGGAAAAUGUCUAAUUGGUAUGACAACGAAAGGCGUGUGUUAUUUAUCAUUCGUGGAUCAGUCUGAAUCCAGUGCUUUCAAAACUCUGAAAGCUGAAUGGCCAGACGUAAAAUACACGAAGGAUCAGAGUGCAAUCAAAGGAAUUGUGGAAAAGAUUUUUCAUGAAGAUGAUGGUACACUCAAGGAUUCUAUAUCCGUUGUACUUAAAGAAACAGAUUCGUCAAGCAGCAAUUCCCAAUUGAACGAGGCAUUUGAUGCUGGGUCUAAUUGCACUUCGGGCACUGAAAAUUUUGUAUCUUGUGAAGAAUCUUCUGGACCUUAUCAGACUUCCCAUAUGCUGGCUGGGCGACUUGUCAGUGAAGCUAAACAAGGUAUAACAACAGGAGUUGUACAAACUUUUACUGAUUCUACAAUUUUAGCGGGACAGUUGGAAAGUUUGAAAAUAGAUGAUACAUUUGAUAAAGUAACCACUAUAUUGAAUCAAUUGGUAUCUUUAUCAUCACCCAAUGAAAAUAGUGAAUCUAAUGAUGUUGCGGGCAUGGCAGAUUCUAUGACUAAAUUUACAAGUGACGAUAUGCCUAAAUCUCUGGAUAUUGCUAGUAGAGAAUUAGAAAAGCAAGAAGAUACAAUUGGUAGAUAUAAUAACCUAAUAGUUGAUAUUUCAACCACUGUGUGUCAAAAGUGCAAAGAUAAGCUCCAAACAAAAUUUCAAACUAUCGGCAGAGAUGCUAAUUACAAUGUACAACAAGCUGUACAUGAUAGAUGUAUUAAGGAUGGACACACAUCCAAACAAGUACCUCUUACUAUAAAGAACUUAAAAGAACAUACUGACAUAUCAACAUCGAAAUAUUUAAAAAAUCAAAUUGUACCUAAUAAACAUUACGUUCUGUCGCCACGAUGUAAACCUGCUUCAUCAAAAAUUUUGUCAAAAAAUAUAGUUCCCAAUAGUAAAAAAUUAAAUAUACUGAAAAAUAAAAGUUAUAUAGACAGAUUAACUACUUUACUUGAAGAAUCACAAAAUGAGAGACAGCAUGAAGGACUCCAUAAGAACACAAAGUUUAUUCAAGAUGAAUCAACACCUCAAUGGGCUCCAUCCUUUAAUGAAUGCUCUAUUAUGAAUAAUGAAUCAAAAUCAUGUGCAUGCUCCCACAAUCCAACAAAAAGUACAAACAGCAAAAUGUCCUUGAAAACGUGUAAAACUAUGAAGGAUAAAGAGAAACAUAAUAAUGUUAAAGAUUCUGCACCACCAUCACGAUUAAUAUCUACCAACUCAUGUACAGAAGAAACAUUUCUUUACCUAGAACAUUUGUGUAAAGUAUGCGACAACAGUAUCGUCAUGGAAAAUACUUCAACUUGUGUAAAUCAAAAUUCAAGUAGUAGUAGCAGUUCUGCAUUAGAUUUGAUAUGUGAUGUUCAAAUGGCAUCCCUGGAUAACGAGGAAAGUCUUAAUACAAAGUUACUUCGUGAAUUAAUUGCAACAAAGAAAUUGUGUCGGGAUCUAAUUGAUAUGCAUCCGCAAAAGAGAAGUGAUCAGCGAUUGCGUAGGACAAGACAGUCUAUAGACAAUUUUCUCAGGGUACUCGCUCAAGGAGAACGCACAGUAUCUCCGAAUACAAAGAAAAUAGAAAGAUCUAAUACAAUGUCAGGAAAUAAUGUGUCCAGGGUUGUAAAUACAUCACCCAUUAAACCAGUAUCUUCUCUACGAAAGCUGUUCUCACCAAAACUGAGUACUAUUUCGCCUAGUACAACAUCGUCGUCAACUUCAGUAAGGAGAUCAGUAAAGUCGCCGAUAAAAAAUGUACGUUCACACCUAAAACCGUCACCCAAGAACGUCACUCAAUAUAGUUCAAAAAAACUUUCCUCUUCAAAGCUAAGAGUAGCUCCAAAUAUUUUAACGCCACCCAGAAGAUGUUUGCCAACAGUUUUGAUAAGUGAAAAUACUUAUGCGUCAGGAGAAAGUAAUUUUAUUAAAUGUGGAGAAAAGUGUUCAACGCCCAAAAUCUUCGUGACACCGUCCAAAAACAUAGGCAGCAAUAAAGGCUUGAAGUUAAGACCAAAAAAAUACUUCGCCGACGUAUUAUAGAGUAAAAAGAGUACAAUCAAAUCUUUAUUUUUCGUUAUAAUGUUUCAUUUUAUUUUAUUCACAAGACUUCAUAUUUUUAUCUUAUUCUUCUUCACAAUAAAAGCAGCUAAUUAGAUUGUUAAGAAGACUUAUAUGUUUAUAAAUAAGUUGUUAUAUUUUAGUUCGAGUUGAUUAAAUAAUCAUAUACUUACAAAGAAUAUUAA